UGACAAACGACGUCGUUCGGUGGGGUUUCGGUUUCUUCCCCCGCGGCAAAUUAGACCGGGCGGAGGUCCGGAGUCUCAGACCGGGGCGAAGAGGACAGGAACAAACAAAUAGCCGCGGCGGUGAAGAAGAGAGGACUGCAGAUCCGAGCCGGCUGUUUGCAUUUUGAUAGUUCUUAAGAGCAGCUGCCUUCUCCGUCCUCUGUCGUCCCUCGCCGGGCCUCCGGACGGGAUCUCGCCGUCCUUGAUCGGAAUUCCCGAAGCGUAAAAAGUCCCCACUUCCACAAUUUCUCCGAUUCCGAUCUUGAUUCCGUUGUUGCGCUAUCCCGUUUGAUUCAUCCUUGAUGCUCUUCGAGUUUGUGUGAUUUGUGAAUCUAAAACCCAAUGUCAAAACCCUCGCCUAACAGAAUCGUCCAAGGUCUUCUCCGGCUCCACCACUCUCGCUCCUCCGCCACCGCCUGCUCACCUCGGGUUCCACUUCCGGCAGGCUCGCUUUCCCGACCACACUCCAGUCCUUCGCAAUUCUCUACUUCCACUUCAUAUCCUCCUCCCCUCAAGUUCUCUCCAUUCGCUUCGCAACCCGCGUCCUCAACGCUGCCAAAGCUCCCGAAUCCUUCGACUUCUUUCCUUGCCAGGACUUACUGCUAUGGGUUGCGUCACUACUCAUUCAAGGCUCCGUCCAGUGUGGGGAAAAGGGUCGGCGGCGGAGAGUUCGCGAAACGGGCUUUUGAGAAGCCGGCAGAGGCUGUUACCUCUGUUCUGUCCAAGUACCGUCGAGCCUUAGGUCUGCACUUGGAUGCUUUCUGGAAAAGGAAUUCUCUCUUCCUGUUUGGGGUUGGAGCAGUCGUGUUGUGUGCUUUGCUAUGGAGGAUUAUGUUUGGGGUUGCCAGCACUUUUGUUCAUCUCUCUGAAGGCAUGGCCAAGUAUGGCUUCCUCGCCCUUUCCACUGCCAUCGUUGCCUUUGCUGGUCUAUAUGUUCGCUCAAGGCUUACAAUUAACCCUGAUAAGGUUUAUAGAAUGGCCAUGACACGGCUAAAUACGGAUGCUGGGAUUCUGGAAAUCAUGGGUGCUCCUCUUGCUGGAACUGACUUAAGAGCUUAUGUGAUGUCAGGGGGAGGGAUUAGAAUGAAGAAUUUCAAGCCAACUCGUAGUAACAAACGUUGUUUUCUCAUCUUCCCAGUACAAGGUUCGGAGAGAAAAGGUUUAGUCAGUGUUGAAGUUAAGAAGAAAAGGGGCCAGUAUGAUAUGAGGUUGUUGGCAGUGGACAUUCCAAUGGCAUCGGGUCCUGACCAGCGACUGUUUUUGAUUGGAGACGAUGAAGAAUACAAAAUUGGUGGUGGGAUCAUCGGCGAGCUACGAGAUCCUGUGAUCAGAGCUAUGUCUGCUACUAAGGAAUUCGAUGAUCUUGACCAAAUCGAAGAACAGGAGGAUGCCGAGAGAGAGCUUCAGGAGGCCGAGAGGAAGCGACAGGAAGAAAUUGAGAAGCUCGAGAAAGAUGGCUCAUCAUAGUACUGCUGGGUUCUCUUUUCUAAUCUAUUUUUCAUGCACCACCACUUUUUUCACUACUACCCACUUAGCCCGAUGGUUCUAACAGCCACCCAGUGGAAGGUUUCUUCGAUGUUGAGAUGGCCCAACUGUUAAUAAAUGCGUUGAUACAAUCAAACUGCAGCAGUUUAUAGUGUUACAGAAAGAAGAAAAAGGGGACCCUUCUAGAAUUCUUCUUCUUUCCGUUCUUUCACGGCAACGAGAUUUCCAGUUUUUUAAUAAUCUGGAGAAGCUACAGUGGGUUUGACAAACUGGGUUGUGUGUCCAGGGUCAUGGGAAGUUAACAAAUUCAGCUUCCCUUCAAGUUGAUUCACCAC